AUGUCUUCGAAUCGAAUAAAGAAUGAAAAGGGAGGUGCAGCAAAAGUAAGAGAAAAGAAGAGGCAAGAAGCACUAACAAAUUCAAUGGCUGGUUCCAUGCUAAGUGGUGAACAUAGCAACGAACAUGAGUUUGAUGAGAAUGAGAAUGAAAAGGAUAAAGAGUUUGGUGUUAAGGAGUAUCAGAUAGAUGGAGAUAUAAAUGAUCCUGGAAGUUGGGGAAAAGUUGAUAAAAGAAUGAGAGAUUUUCUGGUUGAAAAAUGUCCAAUGGCAAGACCUUCAAUUGAUUAUCACUUUCCAAGAGAUCAUCUAGGCAGGCAAGACAAACUUACGAAUUUGUUGGCAACUACUGGGUCUAAUGAUUGGAGAAAUGUCUCGAAACUGCUUAAGGAACAUGAAAAAGGUCAUAAGCAUAUCACAUGCAUGAUUCAAUGGUUGGAGUUGGAAGAGAGAUUACAGAAGAAUCAGACAAUUGAUAAGCAUAUUCAAGAAGAGCUCAACAAAGAGAAAAAACACUGGAGAGAUGUGUUGCUGAGGAUAAUUGCAUUGGUAAAAGGUCUUGCUAAACAAAAUGUUGCAUUUCGUGGAAGUAGUGAUAAGAUCUAUGUAGAUGGUAAUGGGAAUUUCUUGGGCAUGGUUGAAGUACUUGCAGAUUUUGAUCCAGUGAUGAAAGAGCAUGUUAGAAGGAUCGAGAAGCAUGAAACUCAUUAUCAUUAUCUCAGUCAUAGGAUUCAGAAUGAGUUGACUGAUAUGCUUGGGAAUGAGAUCAAACAAAUGAUCUUAAAGAAGAUUCGGUAUGCGAAGUAUUUUUCAGUUAUUCUUGACACCACUCCUGAUAUCAUGAAAGACAAAACAGGAGAAGGGCUUUUUGAUGCCCUUCAAGAUGCGUUGCAUAGUCUUGGGCUGAGUAUAGAUGACAUUAGAGGGCAAGGUUAUGAUAAUGGAUCAAACAUGAAAGGGAAAGUUAAAGGAGUACAAAACAGGUUGCUUGAAAUUAAUCCCAGGGCUGCCUACACACCAUGUGGUUGUCAUAGUCUGAAUCUUAGAGAUUGUGAAUGGUGUUACGGUAAAACCAUUAUCACAAACUCGUUGGGAAAGCCGCACCAAAGUGUUAAAGCAAUACGAUUUCAGGCUCCAAAAAUACGAGAGGCUUUGAUUUACUUGGCUGAAAACAGUGCAAAUCCAGGAACAAAAAGUGAAGCCGAGUCUCUUGCAAUGAGUGAAACUUAUGGGAUUGGAAGCUUUGAGUUUUUGAUUGGAAUGAUUAUUUGGUAUGAGCUUUUGUUUGUUGUUAACAAAGUAAGCAAGAUCCUACAAUCAAAAGAUAUGGAUAUUGAUAUUGCUAUUGCUCAAGUGAAAGGUCUUAUUUCUUUUUUUAAAGACUAUAGAGAAACAGGUUUCCAAGCAGCAAAAGUAGAAGCUGAAAAGAUUGCUAUUGCUAUGGAAAUUGAUCAUGUGUUCUCUGUGAAAGUAAAGCGGUUCAUUAAAAAGAAGCAAUAUCAUGAUGAAGAGCCUAGAAAAGAUGAUGAAGAUGUGAUAUUUACAGCAGAAGAAAACUUCAGGAUCAAUUACUUCAUCAAAAUUGUGGAUCAGAGUUUGGUUUCUUUCGAAAAAAGGUUUGAUCAGUUCCAAAGUUAUGAAAAAACUUUUGGAUUUUUGUUUGAUCUGAAGAAGCUGCAGUUGACAAAUGAUGAUGAACUGAUGGUUUCUUGUGUCAACCUUGAAGUUUUUCUCAAGCAUGGUGAUCGUUCUGAUAUUGAUGGUAAUGAAUUAUUUAUGGAGUUGAAGCUCUUAAGAGGGAGUUUACCAACAAAUAUUCAGAAUGCUGCUGAGAUAUUGGAUUUUCUUAAGAAGGUGGAUACUCGUUAUCCAAAUACAUGGACUGCAUAUCGUAUAAUGAUGACAAUUCCUGUACCGGCACUGUUUGGAGGAGAAGAGGGUGACUACGGCUUUAAGGCAUCUGAAGGAGGUCAACCGGUUAAGGGACUCUCGAAGUUACGAGCGCUUAAGGAGAGUGGGAUUGAUAUCCCUCAAGAGACGAUCGACCUGUUUGCUGAGCAGGAGAAGGAGUUCGAAGCUGAGGCUAAGCGCUUAACUGUUGGCGGGAUUCCCGAAGAGCUUCUCUGUUAA